AACGUCCUGAAAUUUCCAUGUUUAAUUGCUUACUAUUUCUGCACGUCUUGCUUACUUUUUUAUGUUCAUAGUUUUGCAACAUCCGGUUUCCUCAUGUUUGGAUGCGGACCUGGUUCUUUAUAAUUGGUUUAUUUAUUAUCACAUUUCUUGUUAGCUUAUCAAAAUGAUUUUAUAUUCUCUCUUUUCUCUUUCAAUUUCAUGUAAUGAACUUGAAGGUUUGUUUGCAGGGAUGAGUUUUACUUUUCAGAACAGACUUUUAUAUUUAGAUAUGUUCCUGGAGUUUUAUUCUGGAUAUCAACUUUCAAGUGUUUUAUUCUCUCUUGGACCAUCGGAUUGCUGUUGAAAGGAUUUUGAUUGACAAAUUUACUGGAUAAUUUGUUUUGUAGAAUAGCAAUUGGUUUUGGCUGGAUUUGGUUAAUUGGCUCUGUCUAACUUGACCAAUUUUCUUUUGUGUAUUGAAUGUCCUUGAUAGUUUACUGGAUAUCAAUUUUAGUUCUCAUUAGGGCUCUUUAAUCUGCCAGAAAAUAUGAUUCUUGCACACAUAUGAAAAAUGUCAAACGAGGGAACCCCACAAAUUACAAGAAGAACAACCAGGUCUUCUUCUGCUGCUGUUUCUAUCAAUGCUGCAGAGACAUCAAAGACAAGGAUAUCCAAUGUUCCAACAAUUAACGACCUUGCAUUUGAUCAAGAGCCCAUCAAUAAGGAUGAUUUGUUUUCUAGUUUUCCAGGUAGACGCACCCAGAUUCUUGAGCUUCUGCACCUUUUGGGUCCCUCGAAUUCCCCCAUGCUUCCUAUAUUUAUAUAUGGAGCUGCUUCUACUGGAAAGACCAGUAUCAUUCUCCAGGUAUUCAGGCAUCUCAAACGCCCUUUUGUCUAUUCAAGCUGUAUUUCAUGUUACAGUCCUCGAAUCUUGUUUGAGUCAAUCUUGGAUCGUCUUUUGCUUCACAAAAAGAGUGAUGCAAACGGUUAUUCUAGUGCAAAGCGCUGUGAGAAGCCGGCUGAUUUUGUUAAUUUUCUACGUGAAGCCUUGAUUAAUAUUAUAAAUAAUAUUAACAGCAAUUCAGUGAAUUUGAGCUCGGACAAGUUGGCAGGACGACCUAACGGAAAGAUGAUUUAUUUGAUAUUUGACAACUUGGAGCUUGUUAGAGACUGGGAUAAAAGUUCUACCAUGUUGCCUUUCCUCUUUAAUCUUCAUAACAUCUUGAAGAUGCCUGAAGUCGGUCUGAUCUAUGUUAGUGGAACCACACCUGAUACAUACUACUCGAGUAUGGGGUACAUAGAACCAAUACCUGUUUAUUUUCCUGACUACACAGAAGACGCUCUUCGUGAAAUUUUCAUGAGAAACCAAGCAAACAGAAAGCUGUAUUCCUCCUUUCUCAAUGCGGUAUUGAGACCUUUCUGUAGAGUUACGAGACGAGUGGAUGCAUUAUCUAUUGUCUUUUCAUCAUUGUAUAAAGUGUAUUGUGAACCCUUGAAGGAUUUGGGAAUUGUGCCCAAUGAAGACAUGAAGAGAAGGCUGUUUGCCCAUCUGCAACCACGCAUUACUCCUUUUCUGAAUGGAAUAUUCAGGGUUCCAUCCCAGACUUCUGUUGAAGUUGAAGGCAACAAGAAGGCAAGGUGGAAAAACGAUGCUGAGAAGUCAAUUUGUGAAGGAUUCGAGAAGGUAGAUUUCCAUAUGUCUGCUUCUGCAAAGUAUCUUCUAAUUUCAGCAUUCCUUGCUUCAAGAAACCCAGCUACUCUUGACGCAUCAAUGUUUGAUUCAACUGGCGGCUGUAGCAGUCACAAACGGAAAAGAAAGGCCUCUGAAAAAUCAAUGGAGCAGAAGGAAAUUGCCGAACAGGAAUUACUUAUGAGAGGGCCUGGAACUUUUCCCUUGGAGAGAUUGUUAGCCAUAUUUCAGUGCAUUACAUCGGUGGCAGAAUAUUCGUCCAGUGAAGAGGAAGAAGGAAGCAAUGGCUUAGGAGUUGAAGGGAGUAGUAGUGAGUUAAUGUCUGAUGUACUCUUACAAUUGUCCAGCCUCUGCAAUGCUAACUUUGUCACUAAAGGAGGAAACUGCCCUUUAGAGGGCUCGAUCAGAUACCGUUCUACGGUGUCUGAAGAAUUGGCUAUGAAGGUGGCAAGGAGCCUUAGGUUCCCUUUGUCCAAGUACUUGUACAGAAGAUAAUAUCUGACAGGGAGCCGUGUACAAAGAUGUACCAAGAAACUUGAAAAGAUCAAAAUGUCCAUUUCUUGCCAUUCGACGUAUUAUUCUUGGAUACUGUCAACAAAAUCCGCUAUUCUCAAUGAUUACCAAA